AUGGAUCUUUAUCCAUCUGGUAUUCCGCUAAAUGAUAUGAUACCAUUCUAUGAAGCCGUUUCACGGGAUGAACCAAUCAAACUAGAAUGGGUCUGUCCUGGAAGACGAAACCCUAAGGAAGAAACCAAGCAAGGCAGUGCAACUCAGCAAGAGCAAAAUACAGUGGCGAGUAGUUCUAUCAAUACAAAGCCAACGGAUUCACAGUCCACAUCUAAGCUAGCCGAAUUUGACUUCGACGAAGGAUCUAGCCAACAGGAUCUUCUUCUGUUUGCUGCCUCCAUGACUGGCGGUCCAGGGAUGGCUCAGGCAGCAGCUUUACCGCUGCGUCGAGUGGUUGGUUCAGGCCGACAUCCUCGGCAACCACGUGUUGCCAACAUGGAUAAAAUUCUAAGCGAUUUGUUCAAGAGUCGAAAAGAAUCUUCAGCUCCACAGCCCCUGCAAUCCGAGACGGGAUCAACAGUCAGUGCUGCUCCGAGUGCUUCAAUCCAAGAACCCAGUGCUUCCAACGAGAACGGUCAAUCGAAUAUGUGCCCAGAACCAACAGAAAAUAUAGCUACUGCACAUCAUGCAGCUGUAGACAAUAGCAUUUCAAAUACGGUUCAAGGUACAGUUCCUUCAGAGGUAUCUAUGGACACUGGGGAUAUCCCAAUGUCCGAUACUCCGACCAUGGUCCCGGAAUCGUUCCCCAAUGAGUUAGAAUUGGAAAUCCAUGAGGGCAGUUUAGCAGCCCCACAUGCAAAUGACAUUUCACAAUCCAUGACCGGUUGCAUGAACCAAUCUGGAGAACUGAUUACAUGUGCUGACAGUCAUGUGAUUAAUACUGAUUCUAUCUUUUCUGCCCCACCAGUAACCAUGUCAGAACCAGUCGUAUCCGAAUUACCCGAUCAAAUGGCUCGGACACAUCUAAUGGAUCAGUCUGAUUCUACAAACUGA